UGUAAAUGUGUGAUACAAACUGUAGCAGGAAGGGGGUGCUAACCACGAUGAAGGUGCAGUUCUUGGUCAUCUCAUUUCUGUGUAUCAUUCUCUGUAGGUGGAAUUGGCUGUGUAGGUCGAGACAAAGGCCAGGUUCGAAAGUGCCUCGAUGUGGUAGAGAUCUAUAACCCUGAUGGGGACUUCUGGAGAGAGGGCCCACCUAUGCCAACUCCCCUGCUCUCCCUUCGAACCAAUUCUACCAACGCAGGAGCAGUGGAUGGGAAGCUCUAUGUCUGCGGGGGAUUCCACGGAGCAGAUCGACAUGAAGUUAUCUCCAAAGAAAUACUGGAGCUAGACCCAUGGGAAAACCAGUGGAAUGUUGUAGCCAUUGAUGUCCUCAUGCAUGACCGUUACGAUGUCUGCCUGGUGGCCAGGAUGAACCCCCGAGACCUCAUCCCCCCACCUUCAGAUUUGGUGGAAGAAGGCAAUGAGCACUGAAGUCAGUGUUUGCUGUAGGACCUCCUGCUACGUCUGCACAGGAGGCAUUAGGAAUGGAGAGAGCCACAGGCCCCAGCCAGUCACCCUGGACAUGUGUGUUGCAGGCAUAGCGGUCCAUGUGCAUAGCAGCGUGUGCUUGGUGCUGUGAUAGGGAGUGAGCAGGGUCUGUGCUCAGGGACCUCCAGUCGGCUAGGAUGGACAAGACAUUACAAGGCCAAGUGUGGCGACAGCACAGGAAGAACACAGGGUGAGUGCCAUAGGAAUCGGGUGAUGGAGUGACCUCAUGCUGCUGGGACUCAAGGACUGCACUGUCAAGGAGCAGGCCUUUCGCCAGGGCCUUGGAGGAUGAGGAAGAAGCAGUCCCAUGGGUGCAGCUGAUGGGGACAUCACAGAAACAGCUGAGCAAAGGCCCAGAGCUGGGUCAGGUUGCCGGGGCCAUAGGCUCUGCUACUAAGGUUGGAAAAGAAGGUUGCAGAUAAGUGACCAACACCUGGAAAAGCAAGGACUGUGGACCUGGUCUCUGAGCAGAGGAGUUAUCUCAACAUCCUGUGAUGUUAAAGGAAGACUUCUCUCUCUGCUCUGUUCUGGUUUCAGUCUUACAAAGGCUUUCUAUUCUCGUGUAUGAUACUCUUCUACUGCGACAACAUUGCCCAAAACGGGGCUAGCCGUGGACCACAAGUUGCCAACAGCUCAGGCACUCAAGCCCAACCACAGUGAGCAGAGAGGAACUCCACCCUGGGCCAGGGCAGUGCCAGGGACAGAGAUGGGGAGCCCUGCUACCCUGGCCCACUCAGGUUGGCACACAGUACCCUGGACAACACUUAUCCAAGCUGCCCUUGGCCGGCUCUCAAGUGCAUAUGACCUUCUGGACACUGGCCCUGGCUGCAUGCAACUGGCCUAGGCCACCCAUAGUCCAGGCCCUGGAGUGAAGGAGAGAGGAAGCAUAUCCUUUUGGCUACCUGCCGCCUGCCCUCUUACCCAGCCUUUGCAAUAUCUUCCCCAAGACUGGAAGGUAGGGAUGGAGCUGCCUGCUUCAGCCCCCGGUUGAGCAUCAUCAGAAAACAGGCACUCCCAAAAUAUGCUUUAGGGCUGACAUGUAAAUGACACGUGGGAAAUCCAUCUAUUUUCCUGGCCAUCCAUACUCUUGGAAGCACAAUGGAUUCAAAGAAUGCAUUUUGGUAGCUUCUCCAGAGUUUCCCAGUGCACGGGACUCUUGCUUACACAGGAGUGGUCAGCAAAUUCCCUAGAAUUUUCCCAGAAGGAGACAAUGCUAGAUCGAGAUGGCUCUUCGCUGGUGCAGAGCUGUGUGGCCGUGAUGCCCAUCAGCCCAUGUCGCCAGAUUCUAGCGAGAGGCUACACCAGGCAGAAAAGCCAGGUCCAUGGAAACUGGAGCCAGUUGGAAACCUGCUUCUGCCACCACCCAGGGGGUCCACUUAGACCAGCGCAGGUUGUCCCCAAGUAGGCCAGGCUCUAGGAGGGCAGGGGCCGUGUCUGUCACUUUGCAGUUUGCAACUGUGCUACUCGAAGCCCAUGGUGAGCAAAGUGUGCUUGUAGGCAGUGAGGCGCAAACACAUUCUCUGUGUUUAUACAGAGGGUUCUAAGAACACUACUCAUGUGAGUUCAAAUGAGCUGAUCCUUCUCCACAAUCUGUGGAUUAUUUUUCUUGCUGCAAAGGCAGAGCAGUUCUGGGAGUGGGCUGUGCUGGCCAUGGAAGCCAUGGUUGCAGAGAGCCCCCCACAGGUCUGUUUCCCCAACUUCCUCUUAGCAGAACCACGGUGCCUGCUGCACACACACACUAGAAGCUGCCACAUUUCCGUGUGUCAAGGAGGCCUGGUCAGCGCGUCGUGAUCCAUCUUCUAGAGGCACUGGGUUCAAGAUCUCGGCCCUGGUGCCAGCGUUGCUACUUAGCCAGCCGUGUGAUCUUGGCCAAAAAUAACCUUUUCUAAAGCCUCAUUUUCCCCAAAUGAAGAAAAAUCAUUUCUAGGGUUGGUGUGAGGACCGAGUGAGAAAGUGCUGAGCACAGUCCCUGUUCGAUACUAAGACAAUAAACAUCCUUCACCUGCCAUUAUUUCUACUAGCAUCGUCAUUGUAGUCUGCAUUUCCCAAAGCAUGGUGCCCACAACAACCAGUACUUGUGAUUAUAGGGGAGCCGUGCAUGUGGUGUGAGGGGGUUCUUAGCUCCCCAGACCCAGCCACUCAGGCCCUCCAGGUGGUGUGCAGGUAAACAAGCAAGCCUUCACUUUAGUGUCUAUUUUAAGCCCGAGGUGCUUUUUGUCUGACUUUCGUAUUUGUAAUUAAAAACAAGAUGUCUCUGCCCUCCUGCUGGCAGAUAUUGUCAGAGAUUCGGCUUUGAAUUCCUACCGCUCCUUUCCUCAUCUCAGCUGACGGCUGUCCCAGUAUCUCAGUGGAGGACUCUCAGAAAACAUGGACUCUUCGUGAGGCAGGACUUCCGGACGCUGAGCAGCACACCAUAGUAGGGAAAUGAUCUGGAGGCUGAGGCUGGCAAGAGAUGGCAGCCAUCAGCCCAGCCCCGUCUGGUCUGCAUCCGCCAAGAAAGCGCCACUGUUCUCACUGAUCGACUUUACGAUGAGCAAAUGCUUUCAGUUUGAACUUACAAAAUAUAAAUGUACGAUAAUGAGCAAUCA